AGCGCGCGUCCGGAACCCCCUAAGCACGCUGGCCUGCGCGGCCAUGAAGAUGAUCCUGGUGCGCAGGUUUCGCGUGCUCAUCCUAGUGGUGUUCCUACUGGCUUGCGCUUUGCACAUUGCUGUUGACCUGCUACCCAAGCUGGACCGGCGCGCUGCGCGAUCCACGGGGGAACCCGGCUGUUCCUGCGCUCAGCCGGCGGCAGAGGCAGCUGGCCCAGGCUGGGCCCAGGCGAGGAGCCGCCCGGGGGAGUCGGCCGGUGGCGACGCAGGCUGGCCCAACAAGCACACACUGCGCAUCCUGCAAGACUUCAGCUCAGAUCCAGCCUCUAACCUAACCUCCCACUCCUUGGAGAAGCUGCCUCCUGCAGCAGAGCCGGGUGAUCACGCCCCACGGGGCCAGGAGCCCGGCUCCCCGCCACUCCGUGACCGUGCGCACCGCCCGCUGCUAAGAGACCCUGGGCCUCGGCCUCGGGUGCCGCCCCCUGACCCCAGCGGGGACGGAUCGCUCUUAGCCAAGUUGUUUGAGCAUCCACUCUACCAGGGUGCUGUGCCUCCUCUGACAGAGGACGACGUCCUGUUUAAUGUGAACAGCGACAUCAGGUUUAACCCCAAGGCAGCGGCAGAAAAUCCAGACUGGCCACAGGAAGGUGCUGAAGGAGCAGAAUUCUUGCCUACUGGCGAAGCAGCCGUGGACCUCUAUCCUAACUGGCUCAAAUUCCACAUCGGCAUCAACCGGUAUGAGCUGUACUCCAGGCACAACCCGGCCAUUGACGCGUUGUUGCAGGACCUCGGCUCUCAGAAGAUCACCAGCGUCGCCAUGAAGUCAGGGGGCACACAGCUGAAGCUCAUCAUGACCUUCCAGAAUUACGGGCAGGCGCUAUUCAAACCCAUGAAGCAGACGAGAGAGCAGGAAACACCGCCUGACUUUUUUUAUUUCUCUGACUAUGAGAGGCACAAUGCGGAGAUCGCUGCUUUCCACCUUGACAGGAUCCUGGACUUCCGCAGAGUCCCUCCUGUGGCUGGCAGGACGAUCAACAUGACCAAGGAGAUCCGGGACGUCACACGGGACAAGAAGCUGUGGAGAACCUUCUUUGUGUCUCCGGCCAAUAACAUCUGUUUCUAUGGGGAAUGUUCCUACUACUGUUCCACGGAGCAUGCCCUGUGCGGGAGACCCGACCAGAUCGAAGGCUCCCUGGCAGCCUUUCUGCCUGACCUGUCGCUGGCCAAGAGGAAGACGUGGCGGAACCCCUGGCGUCGUUCCUACCACAAGCGAAAGAAGGCCGAAUGGGAAGUGGACCCUGAUUACUGUGAGGAGGUGAAGCAGACGCCACCCUACGACAGUGGCCACCGAAUCCUGGACAUCAUGGACAUGACUGUCUUUGAUUUCCUCAUGGGAAACAUGGACCGACAUCACUACGAGACCUUUGAGAAGUUCGGGAAUGAGACCUUCAUCAUACACUUGGAUAACGGACGCGGGUUUGGGAAAUACUCACACGAUGAGCUCUCCAUUCUAGCGCCUCUUCAUCAGUGCUGCAGGAUCCGGAGAUCCACCUACCUGAAGCUGCAGCUGCUGGCUAAGGAGGAGCACAAACUGAGCCUGCUGAUGGCCGAGUCCCUGCAGCGUGACAAGGUGGCUCCUGUGCUUUACCAGCUGCACCUGGAGGCCCUGGACCGGCGGCUGCGCAUAGUGCUGCAGGCUGUGCGAGACUGUGUAGAGAAGGACGGGUUGAGCAGUGUGGUGGAGGACGACCUAGCCACUGAGCACAGAGCCGCUACCGAGAGGUAGUGACCCGCACUGCCCUUGAGGAAGGAGCGCAGAGCCUAGGCACCUGUGAAUUCAGUGAAUUCAGAUGGGACGGGUCAUCCCAUCUGAUAGGGAUGUGUGGGCCUCUGGAUCCAGCAGAGACCAGACAAAGCACUCUGGACAUGCAGAAGAGGAACCUUGACUCGCUGUUUUGUACUUAACAAAAGGCUCACACUCCCGUCGAUGGAGAUCCACCCAGCAGAUCAGAGAUCACCUCUGGACCACUUUGAGGACCUCCGGUGAUGAGAUCACAUUCUGGCCCUCAAUGACAUCCACUUUCUGCUCUCCCUUCCCGGGGCCUCCUCCCUCACAGGCUGCAGAGCUCCAGGGAGGGGAGGCUCAGAUGGACAUCAUGGCCUGUGCGUGGGCAGAUGAGGGCCCAAGAAUGGGGCUUUGGAUACAAAUGACCAGCUAUCCACUUGUUCGCUGCUGCACAGUAGCCAGGCCUUACUCGUUGGCAGUGGACACUGCCUGCCUCGGCUGAGCUCUGGACAGUGGGUGCCAAGGCACUCUGCAGGGCUCAUGGUCCCAAGGCAGCAGGCGAACCUUGGGACAUUUUUGUGGAGUAGUUUGCAGUGAGGUGAGAGUGCAAUAAAGGUACAGCAAGUGUG